AUGAUGAAUUCAACCUUGUUCAGCAAACCUAAAUAGAGAUAGAUUUAUUUAAUUUAUGCAUCUCGCAAUUAUACUUAAUCAAAGACUACUCCUCGGACUACCCACCUCAAAUUACCUAAUUGUUCUCCUCAGUCUAGAAUUAAUGAUAACAAAUUAAAAAAAAAAAAUAGCAUUGUUACCCCAAGAAUAUAAAGAUCGCAAUAACAAAGUCCAGUUGUUCGAUAACAAAUUCGAAUUAGAGAUUCAAGUGAAAGCAUUAUGAAGGAGUUAGAACUAUCAGGGAAUGAAGAUUUAAAGGAUAUAAACAAGAGCUUACUUUUGACUUCUUAGGAGAUCAAUAAGAAAAUGCAAUUUAGUAUAGAAUCAUAUCUGAACAACACUCUUAAAUAAAAGAAAAUCAAUCAUAACCUUAAUAAUAUGAUUGAGUUUGAUUUGACAUAAGACAAUGCUUCUUUUCACUCAUUUGAAUUCUCGAGAAGUCGCAGAGAAACCCCUCUUCAACCCAUCAAAGUCUACCAUAAAAAGUGA